AUGUCAGCCGAUGGCAAAACCAAACCUCUGGUUCAAUGGGCUCUCAUGAUUGAUGCCGGCUCUACGGGAUCGAGGGUACACGUUUACAAAUUCAACAACUGCCAAAAGUCGCCCACUUUCGAAUACGAAGUGUUCAAGCAGACCCGUCCUGGUCUUUCGAAAUUCGCCAAAGAUCCUGAAAGCGCAGCAAAGAGUCUGGAUUCGUUGAUGCAAGAGGCCGAACGUGUGGUCCCACAAAAUUUAUGGAAGUGCAGUCCAGUCGCCGUCAAAGCUACAGCAGGUCUCAGACUUUUAGGACACUCUGAAAGUGAGGCAAUCUUGGAGGCAGUAAGACAUCGACUCGAAACCAAGUAUCACUUUGCGGUCGUUCAGAAAGAUGGCGUCGUGAUCAUGGAUGGAAAGGACGAGGGCGUGUACGCGUGGAUCACUGCCAAUUACCUGUUGGAUACAUUGCCUUUACAACCUCCAAAGACGGCCGCUGAUCGCCUAUCCAAUGUCCCAUAUGCGGUUUUGGAUCUUGGAGGAGCUUCAACCCAGAUUGUCUUCAAGCCAUCGUUUGACAUAGACGGUGAUGGAAUCGACGACACUCAAGGUUUAGAAGAGGGAGAACACAAAUACGACCUCCACUUUGCCGGCCAGACCCAUGAACUCUACCAGCACUCCUACCUGGGUUAUGGUCUGAUGAGAGCUCGCGCCAGCGUCCAUCGAUUGGUGGAAUUCAUGGCAUCAUAUUCUACAACCAAGAGCCCUGCGCACAACAAAGGCCUUGGAAUGACAAGAACCAUUGAAGUUGAUAUUGGGAGAGACGGAAAUAGUAUUAUGAAGAAUGUGACGAUGCAUGGUGGUGAUAUCGGCAGUUGGUCGGCUUGCAACAGGGUCUUGGAGUUGGUCCUCGCGAAAGACGCGGUAUGCCACUUGAAGCCUUGUUCCUUCAAUGGAGUUUAUCAGCCAUCGUUACUCGACUCCUUCCCAACCGGACCAAUCUUGUUGCUCUCAUACUUUUAUGAUCGACUAGCACCUCUGCUCACUCCUAUUCCCAAAGCUUUACCGGGCAAAAAGGCCGUUGAUCCGACUGAGGAGCUCAGCUUCCCGAUAUCCAUGAUCAAGGACAUUGCCCGUGCGGUUUGCGAAGGCGAGACGACGUGGGCACGCCACCAGUUCCCUUUUGCCUCUCCAGACCGAGAUGCACCUACCAAAUGGGGAGAGUCUGAAGAGUUGAUGGAGGAGCUCAAGGGACGACCAGAAUACUGCUUGGACCUGUCAUUCAUGUACGCGCUGUUGAGACUGGGGUACGAGUUUGGAGAAAAGAGACAUGUCAGAAUCGGCAAGCAG